AUGUCGUUGAUUGAAGGGUGGUAUCCGCCCACGCGGGAGAAUUACGAGCGUCUGCUGUUUUGGUGGCAGAUUGGCUAUCCGAUUUGUGGUUCGCUGCAGUGGGUUAUUAGCUGGUAUGGCAUGGGCAAAACGUCUGUGAGCAGCAGAUUCAACAUUCCUGGCCGGCUGGCCUGGAUCACGAUGGAGUGUCCUGGGUUCUUGACGUUGCUGUACGUUAUGAAUACGUUGCCGCAGAAAGCUGGUGUCGAUGACUUGCCGUUCCAGAAUCGAGUGCUGGGAGGACUCUUUGUCAUCCACUACUGCUACCGAGCUGUUCUCUUCCCCUUACUCCAGCCUUCCAUGUCUCCCAUCCACGUUGGCGUCUGGUCUCUCGCCUUUGGCUUCCAGGUCUGCAACGCCCUCUGCAUCUCCUCCUGGCUCUCCGCCUACGGCCCAACCACCACCGAAGCCUGGUCCUCCGUGUGCUCCGUUCCCCAGUUCAUCUUUGGCAUUGGCAUCUUCUACCUCGGUCUCUCGUCAAACUUCUUCCACGACGAGGAGCUGCGAGAAAUCCGGCGCCGCGAGCAGAAGCGCCAGGAACGCAUCCGCAAAAAGGCCGGCGGCGACGGCCAGGCCGCCGGCGUGGAGAAGCACUACCAAAUCCCGCAGGCGGGGCUGUUUCGGUACAUGCUGUAUCCGCACUACUUGUCGGAGUGGGUUGAGUGGUUUGGCUUCUGGAUGGCGGCUGGGUGGGGGUGUGCGCCUGCCAGGGCGUUUCUCGUGAAUGAGAUCUUUUCUAUGCUGCCGAGGGCUGUGAAUGGGAAGAAGUGGUACAUGGAGAGGUUUGGGGAGGAUAAGAUUAAGAAGAAGUGGGCUAUCAUUCCUGGAGUGUGGUAA